CACACACACACGGAAACACAAUAACAGUGGUUAGUUGGCCAGCAUUUACUUAUUUUCACAGAUACAGACAUCACAGAGACCUAGCAGAAACAGACACAUUCACUCACACACACGCAUAGAAACUUUGUUUUGGAGCAGUUCUAGGCUUUAGAAUAAAUUAAGCAUUAAAGGACCAAAUGGAGUCAAUUUGAAGAAAACAAACAAACACAACUCUGGAUUAACACUCAAGGACGCCGAUUAAGCAGCAGAUUUGUCUUUGACCAAAAGCUAGGAUGAAUAACACAGAAACACGAACAGCCAUGGAGAACACAACCAAUCCACACAGCCUUCAUGCUUUUGGAUACCGCACCAUCCUUUUAUCCAUCUACUGUAUAGUUCUGGUCUGUGGAACUGUCUGCCUGAGCCUAACAAUGCACAUCCUGAAGUCCAGCUCCACAUCCAUAACCUCCAUUGCUGUACUCAAUCUCAUCUUUGCUCAUUUUAUUUUCCUGGUCACUGUGCCCUUCAGGAUUUACUAUUAUGCAACUGAUAAGUGGACACUGGGGGCUGGCUUGUGUAAAGUGGUCAGUUCUAUGAUCCACACCCACAUGUACAUGUCUUUCAUGUUCUGUGUGGUCAUCCUCAUCAUGCGGCUAAUGAAUUUUUACCUAAAGUCCAAUCAGCUGGCCUCUUUUAACAAAAUUAAGGCAUUCCUCUUCAGCUUCAUGGUGUGGAUUGUGGGACUCAUCGUGGUUCCGUUAACUAUCCAUUAUUGCUAUGGCAAAAAGAAAGAUUCCCCCCAUGACAAUGGCGCAGUUUGCUUCAACUUUGGGAAAAACAUCCAGGAUCUUGAUGCCAAAGUGUUCAAUUACAUCGUUAGCUCACUUAUCAUACUGGUGGCCACUGUGCUGAUGGCGCUGCAAGCCCAUGUGGUGUGGGUCUUACACGGGAGGCGUCGUCAAGGAUGUUCUUCUCAGCAGGACUUUGGAACUCAGGUGAAGAGCCUGUGCUUCGCUCUUAUCAUGUUUUUGUGCUUUGUCCCCUACCAUGUAUUUAGGCUCUACUAUUUAGAAAACAUCGAGCUGCAACAAAUUAAUGAGGUGUUUUUGAGUGUGACCACAUUAAAUUGCCUGGAUAUGCUUACAUUGUUAGGGAAAAGAACCUGCUACACAUGCUUCUACUGAAAGGCCAUUUGAUUGUAAAGGGAUAAGGAACACAUCAUUUAGUAAAUCAUGUAUUGUAUCUUCAUUAAAAUGUGUCCUGCUUUUUGUUGUAUGCGAAAUAUGUUGUCAAAAGCCUGUUUGUUUGACUCUCUGUAAGUACAGUAUGUCCUAACAACUA